GGGUCAUAGCCACAGCCUACAUUGAGCUUCCAUUGUCUCAGGACAUAUAUUGGUCUCCUCGCAGAGAGCUCUACAGGGUGCAGAAUCAUGAAGUUCGUACUUGGACUGGUCUUAGUCAGCUUCAUUGUUGGGAUAACCCACGGAAGAGUGUACUAUUAUGCACCAACAACGACAGAAGCUCCGACCACGACACAGAAAGCGAGCUAUGGCGGCUAUGGCGGCAACGGUGGCAACGGCCAGAAUGGACAAGGCAACGGUAACAAUGGUGGCCAAAAUGGUGGCAGCGGUGGCUACGGUGGCCAGUAUGGUGCCGGCAACAAUAAUGGCCAAGGCAACGGGAACAAUGGUGGCCAAAAUGGUGGCGGAGACAAUAAUGAUAAGCAACAUCAUGCUGGUGGCGGAGGCAAUAAUGGUGACCAACACCAUGCUGGCGGCGGAAACAACGGUAUGAACGGUAUGAAACAAAUGAUGCAGAUGAUGAUUUGGAUGAUGAUGAACAUGGCCGGCAUGGGCAACAACGGCCAGCAAGCUGACUAAGUUUCUUCCACACGAAAUGAUGCUCUUCUCGAGGUCUUGAUAUUUAUGACUUCUUGAAAGUAUCGUUCCUACGUUUGGUAUGGUAUCAUGGAAAAUCCUCGUCCACAGUGCAUCUUUAUACACAUGUCGAUGUGGGAGUUACCGUAUUUAGGCCUAUUGGCAUUCGUUAUUAACUGGUUUGACACUUAAUGCUACUUUUUGUGUUUGAGAUAAAAGGGGGGUGGGGUAUUCAUUAUGUUUUGUAGGACUGUGAAAAAAUCCCAAGUGAAAGUUCAUCCAGGAAACUCAAAUGUGAGAGGCAGCUUUAUUUGUUAAAACGAAAUCUCGUGUGGGCUAUCAAGAUACGGCCUGUAGCUAUUUAGCAGUUCUUGUAUCCUACAUUAGAAAACAGUUUAACACACGCCGUAUAUCUUUAAAAUUCCAACGUAGGUUUGGGACACUUAAAUGAGGCCAUAACUGAUUGAAUAACGAGAGAGAUUCCUGCCUGACUUUCCAACAUGUGCAUCAUUUUAAACGUCGGUGUCAAAUGUAUUCAAUAAAUGUUAUAUAUAUUAUUUUAAA